AAACCCCGAAACCUGUCAACGUAAUUCCUCAUGGCUGACCCUUCCGAAGAAAACCAAACACAGUCGAUUCACUCGGCAAGCGGCGGCGGCGGCGGCGGCGACGAGGAUGACUACGAGGAAAUCGACGAAGACGAAGAGGAGGACGAAGAUGAAGCGGAGGCGGUCAGCGAAGAGUCUCGAAUGCGCGCCGACAAGUCGAGGAUGGAGAGCCUCUUCCGGCGAUUGUCGUCGGAGAGAGUGCCGGUGCGAGUCCACGACGUGUUGAUCAAAGGGAACUCCAAGACGAAGGACUCGCUAAUCGAGGCGGAGGUGGAAUUCCUCAAGUCCGCUACUACGCUCCAGCAGUUGCUCCAGGCCUCCGGUAUAGCCAAUGCUAGGCUUCAACGCCUCGAGAUUUUCGAUUCCGUCAAUAUUACUCUGGAUGCCGGCCCGCCGGAGCUCCCCGGGACCGCCAAUGUGAUUGUCGAAGUUAUUGAAGCCGAAAACCCCAUCACCGGAAGCAUUGGAAUGUUCUCGAAGCCGGAGGCUAGAAGCUGGUCACUUGAAGGAUCGUUAAAGUUGAAAAACAUUUUUGGUUAUGGGGAUUUAUGGGAUGGUUCUUUGGCCUAUGGUUGGGACCAGUCAUCAGAGAUCAGUGCUGGUGUAUCUUUACCUAGGUUCAAAAGGUUAAUAACUCCUGUUACUGCUAGACUAUCACUACUCUCUCAAGAUUGGUUGAAGUUUUCUUCUUACAAAGAGCGAGCAUUAGGCCUUUCUCUUGGCCUGUUAUCAUCCAAAAACCAUGAUUUAGCAUACAAUAUCUCUUGGCGAACUUUGACAGACCCAUCGCAAAUGGCCUCUAGGACUGUAAGGAGGCAGCUUGGACAUGGUUUACUCUCAGUUCUGAAGUAUACUUUUAAGAUUGACAGAAGAAAUUCUCCUUUGAGACCAACAGAAGGAUAUGCAUUUGUUUCUACAUCACAAAUAUCUGGCCUUGUACCAGAUUAUCGGGGUUUACGCUUUCUUCGUCAGGAGUUUGAUUUUCGCUAUGCUUUACCUUUUGGAUUUUACAAUGCUGCAUUAAACAUUGGAAUUUCUGCUGGUGCUCUUUUUCCAUGGGGAACUGGAUUCAUGAACAUGCCUUCAUAUCUGCCUGAUAGAUUUUUCCUGGGUGGUAAUACUUCUCCAGUCUGCUCUUUGGGAGGCCCAACAUCUAUCUUUGGUUUUAAAUCAAGGGGACUUGGCCCUGCUGAGCCAAGAAGGCUAGUUAGAGAAGGUGGAAAUGAUGAAAGUUCUGAUUCUUCUGGAAUGGAUUUUGUCGGAGGAGACCUUGCAGUUACUGCUUUUGCUGAUCUUUCUUUUGAUCUUCCAUUGAAGAUCCUUCGAGAAGCUGGUAUCCAUGGCCAUGCAUUUGCAUGCACUGGAAGCCUUAACAAAUUAACUGAAAAUGCAUUCCGAGACCUCUCUUACCAGAAAUUCCGUGAAUCAUUUAGAGCUUCAGCAGGAUUCGGAGUCAUUGUACCAACUAAGUUAUUCAGGAUGGAGAUCAACUACUGCUAUAUACUGAAACAAGAAGAGCAUGAUAGAGGGAAGACAGGCUUGCAGUUUAGCUUUUCUUCAUCAUACUAGAAGAUGGAAAUUUGAUAUCUAGCUAAUUGAAAUUCAUACUGGCAUCAUUAUCCUACUUGAGGUAAAUUACGCAUGUUCUCUUUCACCAUUUCUGUCUGAGGGAUCAAAAUUUUGACAGCUUUGGUUUUGUACUUGAAAAACUUAGACAGUCAAUGAUCCAAUGUUACAGGAAAUAAAUUUAAGCUCGAGUAUGACCAUGAAGUUUUCCCCAUUGAAGCAAGUUGGUUGGAAAAUUAAAGUGUCUUAUUUUUAACGAGAUUUUUAAAAAAUUCACAUUUCUCUAGUGCCCCUUUUAAGAAUUUGCUCUCUGA